AUGUAUCUGUUUGUCUGUUCAUAUCUAUCUAUCUAUCUAUCUAUCUAUCUAUCUAUCUAUCUAUCUAUAUGCAUGUUCAUCACCAUCUAUCGUUCUAUGCAUGUAUCUAUGUAUGUAUCUGUUUGUCUAUUCAUAUCUAUCUAUCUAUCUAUCUAUCUAUCUAUCUAUCUAUAUGCAUGUUCAUCACCAUCUAUCGUUCUAUGCAUGUAUCUAUGUAUGUAUCUGUUUGUCUGUUCAUAUCUAUCUAUCUAUCUAUCUAUCUAUAUGCAUGUUCAUCACCAUCUAUCGUUCUAUGCAUGUAUCUAUGUAUGUAUCUGUUUGUCUAUUCAUAUCUAUCUAUCUAUCUAUCUAUCUAUCUAUAUGCAUGUUCAUAACCAUCUAUCGUUCUAUGCAUAUAUCUCACCAUAUCUGUUUGUCUGUUCAUAUCUAUCUAUCUAUCUAUCUAUCUAUAUGGAUGUUCAUCACCAUCUAUCGUUCUAUGCAUGUAUCUAUGUAUGUAUCUGUUUGUCUAUUCAUAUCUAUCUAUCUAUCUAUCUAUCUAUCUAUCUAUCUAUCUAUAUGCAUGUUCAUAACCAUCUAUCGUUCUAUGCAUAUAUCUAUGUAUGUAUCUAUUUUUCUGUUCAUAUCUAUCUAUCUAUCUAUCUAUCUAUCUCAUUAACAAUUAAGCUCAGAGAAUACCUCUUCUUAUUCUUCUUGAAUGAGCUCAGAGAACGCUACUUCCUCUUUUUCUUGAAUAGGCUCAGAGAACACUACUCCUUCUUCUUCUUUUUCUUCUUGAAUAGGCUCACAGAACACCUCUUCUUCUUCUUCUUCUUCUUGAAUAAGCUCAGAAAACACUACUUCUUCUUGUAUAGACUCAGAGAACACUACUACUUCUUCUUCUUCUUCUUAAAUAGGCUCACAGAACACCUCUUCUUCUUCUUCUUGAAUAAGCUCAGAGAACACUUCUUCUUCUUCUUGAAUAGGCUCAGAGAACACUUCUUUUCUUCUUCUUCUUGA